AUGCAGAGGCAAGUGGCACUCAUUAAGCAGUCCCUCUUUGAUCAGGGAUAUCUCGACGAACAGUUCGUGGAGUUAGAAGAGCUCCAAGAUGAUGCAAACCCGAAUUUUGUUGAAGAAGUUUCCACAUUAUACUUCAAAGAUUCAGCUCGAUUAAUCAAUAGCAUUGACCAAGCUCUGAAGAGAGGAUCAUUUGAUUUUAAUCGGCUGGAUAGUUACAUGCAUCAGUUUAAGGGCAGCAGCACUAGCAUUGGUGCGUCUAAGGUGAAAACUGAAUGCACUAUGUUUAGGGAAUACUGCAGAGUUGGAAACGCUGAAGGGUAA